AUGUCUGAGAGACAAGCCCUCGACCAGCAGCAUCAAGUUCAUCCCCAGCUGCAAUCUCCACGGCCUCCAAAGGAAGAUAUGGUUGCUUGUGUUACUGCAUUGGAGGAAGCUUUGUUGCCAUGCCUGCCAGCAAGAGAGCUUCAGGCUAUAGACUGCUCGCAGCAUCCUUUUCCCCAACUUGAUGUUGAAAGGCAUGCUAGAGAUUUUAUGGAGGCUGCCAAAAAACUUCAAGUUUACUUUAUCGGUCUCCAAUGUGAGGAUCAGCCAACCGAGGCUGAAAAGCGUACACAGGAGAUACUUAUGAUGGAGGAAGAACUAAAAAUAAAGACCGAGCUCAUCAAGAAACAGGAGAGACUGAUCCAAGGGUGGAGGAAGGACUUGAAGGACCAAUUGGGCAAAAUCAACUGUGAACUUGAAAAGGUAUAG